UAGCCAAAACAAUCUUCGUUGAUGUGUUUUAACUUUAAAAAUCAUUUUAUGAAAUAAGCUCUUAACGUUACUCUUCACUUGGCUUGCAGAGACAAACCUACUAGAACAUUCCUCUAGUCUUCUUCUUCAAAUCUCUCUCUCUCUCUCUAGAUAUGGUGACGAACUCCACAAUCAAAUUUCUCUGUAGCUAUGGCGGCAAGAUACUACCUCGUUAUCCCGACGGCAAACUCCGUUACAACGGCGGCCACACCCGCGUCCUCGCCGUCCCCCGCUCCGUCUCAUUUUCUGAAUUAGCGUCGAAGAUGGCGGAGAUGUGCGGAUCCACCGUCACCAUCCGGUGCCAGCUUCCUACGGAAGACUUGGACGCGCCCGUUUCGGUUACUUCCGACGAGGAUCUGGCGAAUCUGAUCGAAGAGUACGAUCUCGUCUCCUCGUCGUCGCCGAUGAAGAUCAGAGUCUUCUUAAAUCCACCGAAAUCGACGAUUGCGCCUCCGCCGUUAGCGUUACCGUCGCCAAAUACGUCAUCAUCUUCAUCGAGUCCUAGAUCUCCGUCGAUGUCGAAACCGCCGCUACCUCUGUCUCCGCCGAGGUUAACGACGGUGAAGAAUCAGUGUUACGGUUGUUACUUUCACCGAAAUUCGAGGAAUGUCUACCUCGUUCACAACGGGAAUCACUGGCAAUAACCAUACGCCUCCGAUCAGAUUCACAAAAAAUGGAAGAAUCGAAUUUAUACAUAAGAGAAAAAAAAGUUUUCGUUUAGAAAAAUGUAAAAGAGAGAUAUAAAAGAAGGUGUAAGUGAUCUCUCUAUGACGAUCAACGACCGUCGCCAUUAAUGAAAUCCUCCUAAAGCUUUUCUCUUUGUGUUGGCCACUUGGGAGAGUUUGGUUUAAUUCUUUUUCUGGUUUUGUUCCGUUACCGUCAUCACGCCGUCUACAUGCCGUCGCAUUUUCCCGUCAAUGUUAUCCGCUCUUGUGGAAUUGUCGAGUAACCGUUCCGUUCACGUUUCAUCCUUGCCUUAUCUGUUAUGCUGCAGCGUCACCGUUUAGUGGACGUCAUUACAUUUGUCGUCCGUUUCCGUUGAUUUCUUGCUUUUCAAGUUUUCUUUUGUUUCUUCUAAAAAAUUGGUUUGAUGAACAUUCGAUAUAUUAAUUUUUAAACAUUCGCUUUAUUUAACACCUGCUUUGUGUGUGGGUAUGUGCAUUUUGUGCUGGACUAACAUACCCUUAAUCUCGUAUUGUCAUCUGCAGGUAAUUUUAUACAUUCUUUUAUACCUAAAGGCGUAACCAGUUUUCUCGGUUAUGACGAAAUUGGGCGAUAAACAUGAAGAAAUUGAGCUGAAAGACAAAAAUAACAAGAAAAUAUUAUGAAUGUUGAGGAUAAUAAAGAAGAGGUGAUGAUAAAAUUCUUUUUUUUUUUUAUUAUUAUGAUGAUGAUGAUGAUGAUGAUGGUAAAAUUCGAUUUAAAUUAGAAUGGGUCUCGUAAUACAGCUGGUGUGGAGAAGUACAUAAGUGUUCUUUAAGAACGGAAAAUUAUAAUAGUUGAGUGUGGGAUGAUCA